AAAGGAGAAUCCCAUUUCAAUUUUGCCCGCUUUCCCAUCUUUUGCCCUCUGCCUCGCUUUCAAUCUCUUCAUCUUCUUUACAGUGGCUCACCGUUACGCAGCCCAACUGCAGCUAUGCUGCCCUCAAAGCCCCGUCUCAUACUCUAUAGCUCGAACGACCCAUGCCCACAUGAUAGCAUCUGGGUUCAAGCCACGUGGUCAUAUUCUUAACCGCUUGAUUGAUGUCUACUGUAAAUCUUCAAAUUUUAGUUAUGCCCACCAACUGUUCGAUCAAAUUCCAAAACCAGACAUUGUUGCUAGAACCACCUUGAUUACGGCGUACUCUGCCAUUGGGAAUCUAACUCUGGCUCGGAAGAUAUUCAAUGAAACUCCAUUGAGCAUGCGAGACACUGUUUGUUACAAUGCGAUGAUCACAGGCUAUUCUCGUAACAAUGAUGGCUAUGCCUCUAUUAGACUAUUUUGUGAGAUGAGGCAAGGUGGUUUUAGGCCAGACGAUUUCACAUAUACGACUGUACUAAGUGGUGCGGCACAGAUAGUGGAUGUUGAAAAGCAGUGCCAGCAACUACAUUGUGCAGUAGUUAAGUCAGGAACAGGGUUUGCCACUUCGGUGUGGAAUGCGCUGUUAUCUGUUUAUGUUAGAUGUGCUUCUUCACCAUUAGUAUCAUCAUCAUCAUUGAUGGGUGAAGCUAGGAAUUUGUUUAAUGAGAUGCCUGAGAGAGAUGAACUAUCAUGGACAACGAUGAUUACUGGGUACAUAAGGAAUGAAGACCUUCAUGCAGCUCGGGAAUUGCUAGAUGGGAUGGAUGAAAGGAUGGAAGUUGUAUGGAAUGCGAUGAUUUCGGGUUAUGCUCACCACAAUUCUUUUCAAGAAGCAUUGCUAUUGUUUAGGAAAAUGCGGUUACUGGGGAUUCAUCAGGAUGAAUUUACAUACACUAGUGUUAUUAGUACUUGCGCUAAUAAUGGACUAUUUCAGCUUGGGAAGCAGGUGCAUGCUUACAUACUUAGAACCGAAGCGAAGCCUACUGUGGAUUUUUCAUUAUCUGUGAACAAUACAUUGCUUACACUAUAUUACAAAUGUGGUAAACUUGAUGAAGCACAGUAUAUUUUUAAUAAUAUGCCUGUUAAAGAUCUUGUUUCUUGGAAUGCAAUCCUUUCAGGGUAUGUUAGUGCAGGGCGCAUCCAGGAAGCAAAAUCCUUUUUUAAGGAAAUGCCAGAGAGGAGCAUUCUGACAUGGACUGUGAUGAUAUCUGGUUUAGCUCAAAAUGGAUUAGGAGAAGAAGCGAUGAAGCUAUUCAACCAAAUGCGAUUAGAAGGUUUUGAACCGUGUGAUUAUGCAUUUUCUGGAGCAAUUACAUCUUGUGCUGCGCUUGGAGCAUUGGAGCAUGGACGCCAGCUCCAUGCUCAACUAAUUAGCUUGGGGUUUGAUUCAAGCCUUUCAGCUGCAAAUGCACUCAUCACAAUGUAUGCAAGAUGCGGAGUUUUCGAGGAUGCGAACUCUGUGUUUCUUACCAUGCCUUAUAUUGAUUCAGUGUCUUGGAAUGCUACGAUUGCAGCUCUGGCCCAACAUGGACAUGGUGUUCAAGCAAUAGACCUUUUUGAAAAAAUGUUGAAGGCAGAUAUACUACCAGAUAGAAUAACUUUCCUCAUCAUUCUAUCAGCUUGUAGUCAUGCUGGUUUAGUCAAGGAAGGGCGCCAUUAUUUUAGUUCAAUGCGUGUCUCUUAUGGUAUUAGCCCUGAUGAAGGCCAUUAUGCUCGCAUGAUUGAUCUGUUGUGUCGAUGUGGGGAGUUCACAGAAGCCAAGGGCUUGAUUGAAUCAAUGCCUUUUGAGCCAGGUGCACCGAUUUGGGAGGCUCUUCUUGCUGGUUGUCGGACUCAUGGGAAUAUGGAUUUAGGAAUUCAAGCAGCAGAACGACUCUUUGAGUUGGUGCCACAACACGAUGGAACUUACAUACUUUUGUCGAACCUGUAUGCCGCUAUAGGCCGUUGGGAUGAUGUGGCUAAGGUGCGGCAACUAAUGAGAGAUCGAGGGGUUAAGAAAGAGCCUGGUUGUAGUUGGAUUGACGUUGAAAACAUGGUCCACGUCUUCUUAGUUGGUGAUACUGUGCACCCUGAGGUCCAAGCCGUGUACAAAUAUCUUGAGCAACUAGGACUUGAAAUGAGGAAGUUAGGAUAUCUCCCUGACACAAAGUUUGUGUUGCAUGAUAUGGAGUCUGAGCAUAAGGAGUAUUCCUUGUCCACUCACAGUGAGAAGCUUGCAGUUGCAUUUGGGCUCAUGAAGCUUCCUCUCGGAGCCACAAUCAGAGUUUUUAAGAAUCUUAGGAUUUGUGGGGAUUGCCAUACUGCAAUUAAGUUUAUGUCAAGAGUGGUUGGAAGAGACAUAAUUGUGAGGGAUGCGAAGAGGUUUCAUCAUUUUAGGAAUGGUGAAUGCUCUUGUGGCAAUUACUGGUAAUCUGGCCCGAGCUUGAUGGGAGGAGGUUUUAUAAAUACUUGGCGGGUUGAUCCCCUCAACCACCAGGUUCGAAAGAGAAGCGAAAAUUUCAAACAUAUGUUCUCGUAGCUAUCAGGCUCCUGAACUAAUCUUUGGUGCAAAGAAUAUUCAACACCCAUUAAUAUCUGGGCCGCUGGUUGUGUCCUUGCUGAGCUUCUUCUGGGACAGGUUAUGGACUGCUUUGGGUUAUUGUUGGCCUAAGUUAACCUGGGUUAAAGAAUAUUUACUUCUUAACUGAUCAAAACAAUUCAAAGUCUUCUACAGCCAUUGUUUCCAGGAGAGGAUGCAGUGGACCAACUUGUAGAGAUUAUCAAGGUCAAGCCUCACUAUCGCUGCUGAACUAAGUGGAUCAUGUAAUUGUGUGAGCAUACAGUUUAGGUGUCUUCUUGCAGGUUCUUGGCAAUGCAACUAGACAAUAAAUUUGAUGCAUGGAAUCCAAAUCAUAAAGAUUUUAGGUUCCUUCCUAUUAAAGCUCGUCCCUGGCAUAAGGUUUGCACCGCAGUGAGUUGGACUUUUCUUCCCACGGAGCUCUUCUAUUGUUUCGAGAUAAAACCCAAGCAGUUAUGCAUUGUCAUACAGAUUUUAGAUGAGUUGGCUCUAUUUGGCAAGUUUCAUUUUGGCACUGCUGUGCUGCUUGAGUUUGAUACUUCCACUUCAUGACAUGCAUAAUAUCCAAAUUCUCACUGAUCGCGCCAUUACAGCUAGAAGCAUGCACACAUUCUUUCAUUGCUUAACUUCGUGAGCCCAAUGCUCUCCUUCCAGAUGAACUUUUUUUUAUCUGUUAAUCAUUCACAUGACAAAACAUCAAAGUACGUCAAGUGUUAAGUGUCCGUAUUUGUUGCUUGUUCAUGCCCCUAGAUGCAUUUUUCCUUGCUUCUUUUAUGGGGACUACAGAGGUGCCUGUGAUCAAUCUUAGCGCCUUAAAGCUGACCAACACAGAACUCUACUGAUUCAGAUAUGCUGAGCUUUUUGCCACUUAAACUUAAGUGCUUGUGGGUAAUUACGUGAUAGAGGACAUGCCCUUUUACGUACGUGUAUUGUUAAAUAAAUCUCGAGUUAUAUGAAAUUUCUUCAAAUUUACCUAGGUUUGGUAUGGUUGCAUAACCUGGAAAGAGUACAGUAGGGGCAUCUAAGAUGAAAAUUUUCAGUUGUUUUUUCUUGGCAAUCACAUUCUACUAAAAGUUUCAAUGUACUUAUUCCCCCAACUCUGCCUCCAAAAUUGAUUUGCCGUUAAAUGGAGCUUCACCGGAACUGAUCAACAGGCUCAUACAGGAGCAUAUGCGGCAGCAGACUGGUCUUGGAUUCCCACACCCAGUUCGUACUUGAAUGUAAAGUCAUGAAACAAGGAAUUAUUUCUUGUACUAGUGGAUGGAUGUGAAGCACACGAGGGCCUCUUUGUGGUCUUAUAUAACACACUCAGCAUUUUAGCCUAAUCUGCUGCUCUCUGGCUUAACCUGGAAAUGGUUAAUCCUGUCUACCAUGCCAGUUUAGCGGAAAAUUACCGUCUUCCUGCAUCUGUGCAUCGUUUUGAUUGCAAGGAUUACGGGAAACCAAGUGCAUAAUGCAUUCAAAUCUAGUGUUCGUUGUGGUCCUGCCUCGAAGUAUGUUUGACAGCGCAGAGCUAGAGCUUGAGCUUGAGCAUCAUGUAAUACAAUAUUCUUGCCUAGUGUUUGGAGGUGGUAUCUGUGCAAUUGGUAGUAACACAGCUGCUUGGUGGAAAUUAAUUAACUUGUAUUGGAGAAAUGAUUAGCCACCAUUCAUAUAUUAAUUUGUCAAUUUGCUGACAAAAGCAUGCAAAUAGCUUAUAAAUCUUUAUUCCUUACGAUAUUUUGAUGCAACAAAAUGCUUCAGACCUAAUUUAUUGGUGAAGGCAAA